UUGAACAAACACAUCCAAGUGACUGCCAAGCUGAAACUGACAAGGGGUUAUCUCUACUUGGGAGAAAGGGGCGCGGGGCUCUCCAGGAGCAGCAGCCUCCCUACAGUUCUUGCUCGCUUUGCACAGCACUCGGGAGGCUUUUUUCUCUGUGUCCCCCUCGCCCUCCCUUUUUUUUUUUUUUUUUUUUUUUUUGGUGUGUCUCUCAGAUCUUGAUCUGGAUGAGGAAACGGUUUUUGGGAACAUUUUCUCUUUAAAAAACCAUCUCUGCCCGGUGGGGCUUAGCGUCCUAGAGGUGAUGUAGUCUGAAGAGGACCAAGCAGUCUAAGAAAUAUCCCAGCGGAUCGGGUUGUUUAUGGAGCUUUGGGCUGGGGCCAAGCCCGCUGCCCUGCCCCCAUCCUGUUGCCGAGGCAAUGGUGCCCCGGCUCCGCCGAGGACAGCAGCCGCCGGGCCUCGGGGGCUGACCCUGGAGGAGAAGGAGGAGGAGGGGACAGCAGUGGUGGAGUCAGAGCUGGAGCAGCAGCAGGGCUUGGAAGCGCGGCCGGACCCAGUACUAUGGCUGUGUAUUGCUAUGCGCUGAACAGCCUGGUGAUGAUGAAUAGUAGCAAUAAUGUGGAGAGCGGCAGCGGUGGCUGCAGCGGCAGCAGCAAGGCGCCCCCGCCCCCUGGGAGACCCGGGCUGCCCAGCGUCUUCAGCCCGGGGAGAGGCACCUCCUUCCUCUUUCCACCAGCCGAUCGGCUGUUGCCCGAAGAGUCCGGGAGCCGCGGGAGUUGGCGAGGCGGCGGCAGCAGCAGCAGCAGCAGCAGCUGCAGCAGCAGCAACAGUAGCAGCAGCAGCAGACGGAGGUUGAACAGUAGUAGCAGCAGCGUGGGCAGCCCGAGUUGGGCAUCCCGUCUGGGAGGGGAGGGGCAGCAGGUGGUGUCCCCGGGCAGCCUCUCCCCAGCUGGGCCGGAGGAGGCCAAGAAGAAGCUGAGGAUUUUGGAGCGGGAGCUUCAGAACGUGCAGGUGAACCAGAAAGUGGGCAUGUUCGAGGCGCACAUCCAGGCGCAGAGCUCCGCCAGAGAAGCGUCCCGGAGCCCCAGGCUGGGCAGGGCUCGCUCGCCCUCUCCUUGCCCGUCUCGCAGCAGCAGCCAGCCCCCCAGCAGGGUCCUCACGGAGUACACCCGGAUCGAGGAGAGGAGGACAAAAUCCUGGGGAGAACAAUGCUUGGAGACCCCAGGAGAGAUAGAGAGCAAGGGGGGCCAGUCCCGAGAAACUAGAGGCUCUCCUUUCCCCCUGGAGACAGAGAGGAGGGAGCUUACCCUCGGGGCGUUGGGUCAGGGCACUCCCGUGGAGCCUGGGAACUGGAGCCUGACACGUGGGGUACAGGGUUCCUCAUCUGGGGUAGAGAUGGAGAAGGGGUCCCCUACAGAGCGAGUCUGUGGCUCAUUCACGGCUAAGGAGGUCCACAAGGGAGGCCAUCCUUUCCCUGGAGAGCAGGGCUGCGAGACCCUUGUAAGCUCAGCGGGAGCAAAGCUCUCCAGAGAAGCCGGCUCAGCCGGGGCUAAAGAAGUAGAAAGGAGGAGCUCCACAGGUCGGGAGCCCCUAUAUAAGGUUCUCUCCCAAGAGACCCCUGCUUGGAUGGAGAGAGGUUUUGUUUCCUUUGGUGUGAAUGCCCAAGAGAACCAAGUGCACAGAGAGGGGGGAGCCAGGUGCAGCGGGACACCUGUGGCUCAAGAGAAGGGCAGGAUCCGUGGCUCGAAGGCUCUUGAGAAGUUGGAGAAAGGAAACCUGCCUGGCGGAGUGCAGGGAUCCAUUGCUCCUGUGGAGAGUGAGAGCAGGACCACCCUGUCUUUGGAUAUGCAAAGCUCUGAGGCCGGGUGCUGCCCCGGGACAUCCACAGAGCACAGCGCAGCAGCCCCAGUGGAGCCCCAAAAGAAGGGGUCCCUGGUAGUUUUAAUGCAGAGGCCAGACUCUGAGCAAGGGGAGAAAACAGGGAUCAAAUCACUUGGAAUUUCAGGCAGGGCUGUGCAUCUGGGGAAGGUGGAGGUGGAGCCGGAGUCCAGAAUUCUUCGUGGCUACAGUCAAGACACUUUGCCUUGCAGGGAUGCAGUGGAAAAGGAGGAAGGGUAUCAGUGUCCUCCCAAGAGCAGUUUUGGUGUGCAGUUCAAAAGCUUGGUGACUUGGCCUGGCCCAAUGGAGGAGGCUGGCACAAUCUGGACAGACCCUGGUCAAGUGAUACACUCAGAUGGGACUUCAGAGAGGAAGCAGCCACAGGAACAGCAAGAGCACCAUCAGGGUAAAGAGCUGACUCCUGAAUCUGAGAGGAAACCUUCCCUGAGGGAGGCUGGCUGUCCCAGCAACAUCCCAGCAGUCAUUAUCACAGAUAUGGGCGCCCUGGAGGAUGCGGCCUUAGAAGAAGCUCAGGGAAGCCCUCGAGGGAUCAUGCCUUUGAGAAAGCUGUCUUCCUCCUCUGCGUCUUCCACUGGUUUCUCCUCAUCCUAUGAUGAUUCAGAGGAGGACAUUUCCAGUGAUCCAGAGCGCUCUUUGGACCCGAACUCAGCUUUCCUUCAUACGCUGGAUCAGCAGAAACCUAGAGUGAGCAAAUCAUGGCGGAAAAUCAAGAAUAUGGUGCACUGGUCUCCCUUCGUCAUGUCCUUCAAAAAGAAGUACCCUUGGAUCCAGCUGGCGGGGCAUGCAGGGAGUUUCAAAGCAGCAGCCAAUGGCAGGAUCUUGAAGAAACACUGUGAAUCAGAGCAACGUUGUCUUGAUCGACUUAUGACAGAUGUUCUGAAGCCCUUUGUCCCUGCCUACCAUGGGGAUGUAGUGAAGGACGGGGAGCGGUACAACCAGAUGGAGGACUUGCUGGCUGACUUUGACUCUCCCUGUGUGAUGGACUGCAAGAUGGGAGUCAGGACCUAUCUGGAGGAGGAGCUCACCAAAGCUAGGAAGAAGCCCAGCCUUCGGAAGGACAUGUACCAGAAGAUGAUUGAAGUGGACCCUGAUGCCCCAACAGAAGAAGAAAACAAUCAAAGGGCAGUGACCAAGCCCCGGUACAUGCAGUGGAGAGAAACCAUUAGCUCAACAGCCACCCUUGGAUUCAGGAUUGAGGGCAUUAAGAAAGAAGAUGGCUCUGUGAACCGAGAUUUCAAGAAGACCAAAACAAAGGAGCAAGUUACUGAAGCUUUCCGAGAAUUCACCAAGGGAAAUCGGAACAUCCUGAUUUGUUACCGGGACCGCCUAAAGGAUAUCCGUGCCACCUUGGAAAUCUCACCAUUUUUCAAGUGCCAUGAGGUCAUUGGCAGCUCUCUCCUCUUCAUCCAUGACAAAAAAGAGCAAGCCAAGGUAUGGAUGAUUGACUUUGGAAAAACCACACCCCUUCCGGAGGGACAGACCCUUCAGCACAACAUCCCUUGGCAGGAAGGAAACCGAGAAGAUGGCUACCUCUCAGGACUGGACAAUCUCAUUGACAUCCUAACAGAAAUGUCUCAGAGCGAGGCCCUCCCCUGAGAGCCACUUUUUCCCUCCUCCUUGUUCUCAGUCUUCUCUCCUUCUCUCCCCUGCUAUCUGGAUUCUAGAACUGACUUCCAAACUGCACUAUAAGACACUUUCUAGACGAAGAGAAGGAAAAAAAAAGAGAUUUCCAAGCUAUCUCUUUUAAAUGAAAGGGUUUGUGUUAGGGUUUGGGCUGUUGUUUUUGGUUUGUUUUCUUGUAAAUAGAAUUGCAUACUAGAACAACAAUAACAAAAAAAAAAAAGAAGAAGAAACCCAAAUUCAGAUUUGACUUUGUGUAGAAAAGGAUCCAUUUGAUUUUUCAGGGGUGGGGAGGAGAUGGUGCCUGGCCCAGUGGUCUUCAAAGCAUCCAUUCUCCCAGCCAGAUUAAUAUGAGUUUUUGAAUACUACAUUUUGCCCUCCACCCUCCUCCAGACUGAUAUGUUCUUUCAUUCUUGCUAAAAUUAGGGAUAAAUCAGUGUGGCAAUCCCUGGUUCCGUAAGAGAGGAUGUUCUAACUUUGUCCCACAGAGACAGCACUAAGCAGCUAAACAUCAACCCUGUGGAGGGAGCCCCCAAGCAAAUGCAUUGGCAGGGAUCAAACUUGUCUGUGGAGACUUGCUACCAUCUAGUGGCUAUUUUGGGUAAUGGUUCUGAGCAGUCAGUCCAUCCCUCACCCUGGGCAUCUUGUGUAAGAGACCUUCAGAAUUUUUACAGAGAGACUUGCAAGAAUCUGGAAUGAGCAGCCUUGGGGCUUCUGGGAGACCUAGAGCAGAUCCUUUAACCCCACCUCCAAUUUGAAAUUCAAUCCUUGGGGAAGUGGAGCCAUAGUAUUUCUGGGGUCAGUGGCAAUUUUUUUUGGGGGCGGAAAGGGGGGAGAACUAGGUCUCCCUAUGGAAAUUCAGUAUCAUUCCCCCAGGGCCGGAUCCUACUUCUGAUAUCUGCUUUUCCAACCUAGGCUAAUUUGCCCCUCCUUCCUUAGGCAGCUUGGUGGCCUUCCACUUGAGGGGCUCACCAUAUUGGUGCCAAACUUAGUGUGGACACCUUUUCCACUUUAGCUCUUCAGUAGCAUAUUUCCAGAAGGAAAUAAUUCCAACUCUUCAAUUGAUAAUGAGCACAGCCUUUCAAGGCAUUCAAUUUUCCACCCUCCCAAACUUCCUUCCUUUUUUUUCUUCUCUAUGCCCCCAUGUCUCCAUGAAGCUGAAACAUGAGAGUUGGAGUUGCUUAGCCAGGAUACUUGAAGAGCAAACUACCCGUAGAGGGGAGAGGUGAAAAUAUGGGUACUCUUCAGCCCAUGGAAAAAUGUCAGGAGGUUCUCAGAAAAUUCCUUGGAGACUGACAGAGAAGGAGGCCUUGAGCCCCCAUCUCUGCAGGCUCUCUAUCUUUUAUACCUCCCACUCCAAACCUUUCAUCUUCAUCAGCUGCAGUCAGCACCAUCUACCACAUACAUAUUCAGGAGGUCACCAUACUAGGCACCCCAGGUUCUGGAGAUCUGAAAUUGGUACCUGAGGGAAUUUCUGAAUGGUGUUAUGCAUGGAGGAAGCACCGUCUCUUUGUAUUAUUAUUGUCACUUUUUUCCAGAGAGAGAGAGAGAGAGAGGAAGAAUUUGAGGCAUCAAAAACUUUUUCAGCCAGAGAUAGAGGAUUCCAACUUAGCUAAAUGAAAGAGAGAGAGAGAGAGAAAGAGAGAGAGAGAGAGAGAGAGAAAGAGCUAUCUCUACUAUGUGUUCAACAUUGGGUUUCUGGGAUGAGAUUGUCCAGGUUAAGAGAUUCCUGGGUCAGGGAGUUGUGCAAUGAUUUAUCACCUGCCCCUACCCACCAGGAUCCCUUGGGAGAAGUACAUAUGGAUGUGCCUGGCUAUGACACCUUAUGGAUGGGCAUGUGUAUAUUUAUCUUUACAUAGCUAGGAAGUUAUCGGGAGGUGAUCUGAUAUACUAACUAGAAGAGAAACGAUGUGGAGCUGUCCAAGGGGAGCUAUAAAAAAUUUUAAACUUGUAUAGAUUUUGUUGAACAGAGAAGUGAGCUCCCAAGUAAGCUAAUUCAGCCCCUCCCCACUUUCCUGUCCCAGCAAACAAAGAGAAACCCUGUGAUGUGCAUGUUAGCGGUUACAGUGUGCAGAGGGGCCUGAGAUCCAAGGAUAGCUUUGGGUGUCGUAGGAAUGUUUAUUGGGUAUUCCAGGCAAUUCUUGGCCGAGAUCACUAGUAAGACAGGCUCUAGAGGAAAUCAGUCUCCCAAUCAAAUCAGUCAAUCAACAAAUAAUUAUGAAUGUUUGUUCCUCCCACACAACUAUCGUAAAGUCUCAUGAAUUCAACCCCUGCUAAUCUGGAAUUCUUGUUAAUUCAGAUGUGGGUUGGGCUGAAGUUGACUUUUACACUGUAUAGGAAGGAAAACGUUUUGCUCAGCAAACUAAUAGUUUAAACAGAAGGCCAUCUCCAGUCAUCCUGAUCUGUAUCUUACCACUGGAACCGGAUGACUCUGGAGGAGAGAAUGAGGCUGACAACUCCCACUCCAAACCUUUCCUCUUUGUCAGCUGCUGUCAGGACCAUCUAUCACAUAUUCAGGAGGUCACCACAGCAGCCUCCCUCACAUCCAAUUCACUUGCAAGUCAUGGCAUCGCCUUUCUGAUGUCAUGGUCCUCUUCAAGAACAAGGACAAACAAAAACAAUAGUUUAAACAAGAUCUAAGGAGAUGUUGAUGUUUAACCCACUUAAGAGUACAACUUUCAAGAAAAUUAUAUUGUAGAUUAUGUGCUAAAGAAAAUGACAUUCCUUAAAGCUACUCAACAAAACAGGUCCUUCAGGGUCUCUCCUUGGCUAGGCCUCAUCAGUCAUUAGUUUGGGUCCUUGAAAACAGCAAAACUGCCUUUCUUUCCAGUUCUCCCAUAGUUGAGAUUUUUCAGUGUUGAGGCCGGUUCUCCACCCAGCACCCAGCCCCCUUUCUCCCUAAUACAAGUUGCUGAGGUUUACACUGUAUUUCCAAGUUGCAAAUCCAUCCUUCACCCUCCUUCCCUUUUAUCAUCAGAUCCCCUUUUGUGUCCAGUUCAUUGGCUUUUUCAUCCUGGCCUCCAUACUGCAAGGAAGGCCUAGAAUGGAAAAUCCAGAAAGAUUUUUUUCCCUCUCCUCUCAGACUUUAGUGACUAAUUAGGGUCUCCAUUGGGUCUUGGACAUUUAGGGACAGCAGGAAAAAUGGCUGAGUUGUAUGUAUGUAUGUUAUCCCCUUGUCAUUUUUUUCUUUAAUAAGACUAUAGCAGAUAAGACAAGUCUUCUUACCUUUCUAAAUUAUGCGGGAUGUAGUACUAAUUUGUCUGCACUGUUGAGCUUUUAUCCAAGUUUUAUCCCUAGCUGCUUUAGGUGGAUUUGCCUCUAGUGUCAUGGAAGAAAUUUUUAAAUUAUAUUUAUUUUGUGUUGGUUUUUUUUUAAUUGCACAAAACACUAAGACUAAGUACAUGUAAGUUUGUUUGGGUUUUUUUUAAGCUUUUUGUUCUUUCUGAACUUACUUUCUCAGCUUUUUGGAAAGGGCCUGGAAGUAGCUUUCAUGCAUUUGUCAGGUUUUCCUUUCCUGUUUUUUCGCUGUAUUUAGCAUUGCCUUUCUCUAGACAUGGUUAGCCUCCACAUGUAUAUAAAGCAGGCCCUUGCUUGAUGGGUUUCACAGAAAAAGCAGAUUGUUCAUUCCCAUUGUUGGUGCCUUCUCUUUUGGCCAAGAGCCUUCGUUCCCUCCACCCUUUGCCUGGUCAUUAGAUAAAAAUCCGAAUUGUCAUAAAACACCAGCACACAGUGCCUGUAUGAAAAGCAACCAAUGACCUGUAACUUCCUAAAUAAAGGUAUGUGGAAACCAUUGAAA